AUGAACGGCGAAGACGAGCUGGGCCAGCUGCGCUCCAACGCCGACAACCUCGCGAGAUGUCUCCACGUGCUGCUCGAAAAGAUUGAGAAGAUAGAGCAGCGUCAGAAUGGCACUCCCCCCGCCAUCCAUCGUCACGAAGAGCCGGAGAAGUACGAGCAGGUGCAGCUCGAGGACCGUGUCGAAGUCGACGAGAAGACUGGCGUCAAGAAAAGAACGAUCGUCACGGAACGCGUUCUUACGACCAAGACCUUCCAUGCCCUCGCCGUCGACGGACCUUCGCCUUCGCUGGCGCCGCUCCACCAGGCCUCCAUCCUCGAGCCAGUCUACCAGGCUCGCGUUGUCAACAUUGACGCCGCCCAUUUAGCUCAGGUUUCUAGUUUCUUUUCAUCAUGUUUCCUUUUCAAAGAGCCUCGUCGCAUUUUUUUUUUCAAUAAGAUGUAUAAUUAGUUUUGUCUAUCUCUUGCUCGCUUAUUUGAAAGUUUCACGGUUAUCGAAACUCCAAAUAAAUACAACUUCCUGUUCUUUUCAAUCAAGACGAUUAUUUUGAGGUUGAAGUGGAAACGAUCAGUCAGAAGCUCGUCGUGACCAGAGUUUCACCCUAUGCGAAACACGAAAUCCAACCCGGCGACGUCAUCUCGGCAGUGGAUGGGAAGCCUGUAAACCUACGAGGUAUUAUUUUCUCGUUCGAAAAGCUAAUCGCUCUCUGUGGUGGCCUUUAAAAAGCCCUUUUUUGUUUUUCUAUUAUUUAAAUUUCAUAUUUUAUGAUCAAAAUAUAAGUCAUUUUCAGGGGACCUUGAAAAUCUAACCGGACGGAUUUCGUUGACUCUCACUCCGGCGGCAAUUCAUCAAGCUCCCUCGGUAUGAUUUUGAAAAUAACUACAUAAUGUCGAACUUAAAAUUUAUGUACUUGAUUUUUAUUUUCUAAUUUUUCAGCUUUUCUACCGGAUUCAGGAUGACUACAACUCGGUCGACAACGGCCAAAGACUUUCAAUCGCCGUCAAAAAAGGCGACGUCGUUCAAGUUCUCAGCUUCGACGAAGCUUGGAUUCAGGUUUAUUCAUUUUAUUUUUCUUCACGUUUUUUUUUUCUUCAGGCUCGUAAAAUGGCAGACCUCUCUCAAGUUGGCUACCUUCCAGCUUCUCUGUCUCUUGAAAAAGUUUGUCUUAUGAUUUUUCCUCUCAAAAUGCUUCUAAUAUUCAGUUAUGUACAUAGCCGUUUUUUUUUUCGUUAGCUUUUUGGUCUGGCCAAUUUUCAGGUCAUUUGAAAAAUAAUUGUAUACAUUGUUUUUUCCGCACUCUUGAAAAAAAGAAAAAUUGUUGACUCCGAAACUUUCCUCACAUUUUUAACGAAUAAAAUCAAACUAUCCCAAAUUUGAAAGUUUGUAAAGGAAAAGAAAAUUUCUUUUCCGAGUUCAAGACUUCAAUUGGUUUCAGUGUUUUCGACCUUUUGGGACUAGGAUGAGAAUUUGCCAUUAUAUUUUUAACGUAACGUAAGAAUUCAAAAAAGUUCAAUGAGGAAGUUGGAUAAUUUUGAAGUGGUUUCAAAUAUGGGUAGAUCGAAGCGGUGCAGAAAUGGUAGAAAGGGUCACGUAUGAUCCAAAAUUACCAAAUCAUCCAUUCCCAUCGUUGACGAAAAAAUAUUGCAGGUUUCCAUGCUGACUCCGUUUGGACGACGCGUCUUGGUGCUAUUGGGCGCCGUGGGCGUCGGCCGCCGAACCCUAAAGUCCAUGCUUUUGCAUCUUGCUCCUCACUACUUCUCCACAGUUGUUCCGUGUAAGCCCCUUAUACUGUUUAUUUAACUUUCACGCCAAAUAACUUUUUUUUCUAGCGUCGAAACAUACAAUUCUUCGACUUGUUUGUUUUACCCGAAUGCAAAUUCAUGAGCGCGAGAAUUAGUUACAUUUUCACUAUUUUUUAGUGACUUCGAGGGCCCAACGCCCUGGAGAACGCGAAGGCCGCGAAUACCAUUUCGUUCGGAAAGAGGAAAUUUAUCAGAAGAUCCGCGAAGGCGGCAUGAUCGAGUGGGGAGAGCUCGAUGACCAACUUUACGGUUUGUUGUCAUCCAUUCUUCGGCUAUUUAUUUUUUCUCAUCCCUAGUAUGUUCCGAUUUUGAAUGUCAAGGAGCUAACUCCGCCCCUGCUGGCAUUUCGCGUCAAUUUUUUUUUAGCAUUUUGAUUAUUUUUGUUUUGAAAGAUAGAAAAAGAAGUCAAAAAUGCCGUACUCCUCUGGAGAUGAAGCAUUGACGCGAAGAUAUUGUAGCCUUGGGGGCGGAGUUAGCUUAUUGACCUUCAAAAUCUGAACAGACUAAUCGGGCAAAGUCGGAAUGGUAGAUAAUGGCCGCCCAAGGGAGAGGCUCAAAAAAGGCCGCAGAAAGGGAGCAAAGAGAGUCCUUUUAUUGAGCCUUCAUUUUUUUUUCCCCCUGGAUUUUUAGAGGUUCAAGAAAUAGUGGCAAGGGGAGAGGCUAAAAAAAUUGGGCAUAAGAGCCCAUGAAAAAGAGCAAAAGGGCAGCAAAAAAGGAGCCUUUGUCCACCUAAAAGGAACAUUUCUAUGAAGCCGUUUUUCACCCUUUACGACUUUGCCUAUUUACAAGCAUUUUUUUUUACUAUUUGAGCUCCAGAUUUGAAGUUUCAAAGUAAAAAUACUUUUUUCAGGAACUUCAGCGGAAUCGGUCAGGUCCGAAGUGCGAAGCGGGCGUUUGUGCGUGCUCGACUGCGCUCCACAAGCUCUCAACUACCUGUACAACGGCGAAUUCAUGCCCUUCGUAGUACACGUGCGACCCCCGGAGCUGGAAGAACUCGAACAGCUCGAGAUGCUCCGACGUCAUCACCGUGGCGUCGACAAGCUCAGCGCGAUCUGCCGCGAGAGCGAACGCAUUGCCGUCUCUUGCCCCUCCCAGAUCCAUCUCACUCUCAUCAAUCGAAACAUCGACGUCACGUUCAAAAGGUUGGAAUCCCUACAAAUAAACUCAACUGUAAACUUUAUUGUUUUUAGGUUACUUGACGUCCUCGAAAUGAUGCGAUAUGAAACGCAAUGGGUUCCUGAAAGCUGGAUGUGCUGA